AUUUACUUUUAGUUUCGGUUUAGAACUGUGCCUUCAGUUUUAGUAUAAAUCUAAUCUGUAGACAUCUCUUCUCUGGUUCCAAAAAUAUUUUGCACACCAAUGGAUACAAUAGACUAUUUUUUAAACAAAAUGUCGCCGCGUCGCGUUGAGCAAUCGUCGUACUUUACACGCGGAAAUCUCUUCUUAGCGGCGGUGAAAGCGAGCUUUAUUCUAAUAGGUGGCUACCUUCUGUGGACUGGAGUUACCUGCCUUAUGGACAACACAUUUUUCUUUGACAAAACCCACAAGAGGGCCAUUAAGCGGGCCCAGAAGCAGUUGAAAAAGUUGAUUGAAAGAUUGAAGAAAUCUGGUGGAUCACAGCUGGAAAUUGGAGACCUGACAGACCAGGAGAUGCUUAUUGCCGCUGGUCUGGUCGUACCCGAAGACAUAGACAUCCACUGGAGCGAUAUAGCCGGUCUCGAUUACAUUGUCCAGGAGCUGAAGGAGACGGUGGUGCUGCCCGUGCGACACCGGGAGCUGUUCAAGCAAUCGCAUUUGUGGCGUGCCCCCAUGGGGGUGCUGCUCCACGGUCCGCCCGGCUGUGGCAAGACACUGAUUGCCAAGGCCAUUGCCAAGGAGGCGGGCAUGCGAUUCAUCAAUGUGGAUUUGGCCAUGCUUACGGACAAAUGGUACGGAGAAUCCCAGAAGCUGGCCGCCGCCGUCUUCUCGCUGGCCAGGAAACUGGAGCCCGCCAUCAUAUUCAUCGAUGAGAUCGAUUCCCUGUUGCGUGCACGGCGCCAAAAUGAUCACGAGGCCACGGCCAUGAUGAAGACCCAGUUUAUGCAGCUCUGGGAUGGCCUGGUCACGUCCCGAAACUCGGCUGUGAUAGUCCUGGGUGCCACCAAUCGGCCCGGGGACCUGGACAAGGCCAUCAUUCGACGCAUGCCGGCUAAGUUCUAUAUUGGCAUGCCCGAUACGAUCCAGCGCCAGCAGCUGUUGCAUCUGAUCCUGAAGGACGAACAGCUCCACGCUUCGGUGGACUGUAAGGUGUUGGCCACGCAGACGGCGGGUUUCUCUGGCAGCGAUCUGAAGGAGCUGUGCCGUCAAGCCUGCCACCAUCGCAUGCGUAAGUUUAUGCGCGACACUCCGACGACCUUCAGGGACUGCCUCAACCUGGAGCUGCACAUGGGGGAUUUCCUCGAAGCGCUGACGGCGAUGAAUAAAUCCAAGUACCCAUCGCCGUCGUCGUCGCCCACCCAAGACCAGCCCAAGAACUAUCGAUUGUCUCCAGUGAUUUAAACAAAUUGUAAAUGUUGAAAGCUACGAAUAAGAGAUGGACCUAUUUUUUGAUUGUU